UGUUGGCUCUUGUCCCUGCAUCACGAGAAAUCGCCCAUGGAAUCAGGGGACGCCAGAGCAGGAGAGUUGGUGACGAGCGUUAACUAACCCAACUCCACCAAAACUUAUUACCAAAUCACGUUCAGUUAGCACCUGCAUCGCUUCGCUAACCCUAUAUAGCCGCUGGUCACUCCAGGGCCCAGCACUCAUCACUGCCCACACCUAAGCCCUCCUGCAUCAUUGUACUACUCAUCUGUCUAGGCCGGCCAUUGUUCCAGAAGCCAUCAUGGCUGGCGCCGCAGUUAUCGCCGGCCUGGUGCUCCUCGCCGCCGCCGCCGCGGCUCCGGCGUCCGCCACGGAUUACGUGGUCGGCGACUCGUCCGGGUGGAACAGUGGCGUGGACUACACCACCUGGGCGAAAGGCAAGACCUUCAGCGUUGGCGACAACCUGGUGUUCCAGUACAGCGCGAUGCACACGGUGGCGGAGGUGAGCUCGGCGGACUACAGCGCGUGCUCGGCCAGCAACUCGCUGCAGUCGUACAGCGACCAGAACACCAAGAUCGCGCUCACCGCGCCCGGCACGCGCUACUUCAUCUGCGGCACCGCGGGCCACUGCAGCGGCGGCAUGAAGCUCGCCGUGAAGGUGUCCGCCGCGGCCGCCACCGCCCCGGCGGCGUCGUCCCCGCCCGCCGACGACGGUACGCCCCCGGAGACCACCACGCCGUCCGCGUCGACGCCCCCCGCGACGACGACGACGGCGCCCACGACCAGGUCCACCUCGACCAGCACCGCCGGGGAGGCCCCGCCCGCGAUGGGCGUCCUGGCCGGCGCCGCGGGGCUCGUCGGCCUCGCCCUGAUGGCCUAGGCAAGAGGCAGUGCUCUGCUGUCCGUCCCCGUGGCUUCUCCGUUUGGUUGCGGUCGGUUGUUUUACGCGCUCUCAAUUCACGUCUCUGUGUCGCGAACGUCUGCUCGUGUUGUGUACCUGUACCUGUACCUGUACGAUCAUUCUAGAUUUAGAGGAACUACUGUUCUCUGAUGUUUGGAUUC